AUGUCGUCGAUGGGCAUUCCGGCCCCUCCUAAUCCCGCCCGAUGGACUUUCCCCGAGGAGAGUGAGGGCUGGGAGCUGCGUGAGGAGACGUUACCAGACCCCCAGGAUAACCACGUUAGUGAGGAGAUCUUUUCGAUCGGAAAUGGCAACAUUGGGGUGCGGGGUUACCCGGAGGAGUCCUCGUUGGGCGUCAACUCCCCCCUUUACGGCAACGUGGAGUCCAGCCAGGGGGGAGGGGCGACGUUUCACACCACCACCAGCAGCGAUAAGAAGCCGCAUCUGCAGCAUCUGAACUCCAGCGGGGUUGGUGAGAUGAGCGAUUUUCUCGAUUCCAGACAAGGGGGGCAUCCCGAGCGGGAUAUCCGCCACUCCUUCGCGUCGAACAGCUUAAGCGAAUCGCUUUCCGUCGACGAAUCGAUCCCGCGCGGGCCGAUCCGUGGGUUUUACGUCUCCGGCUUCACGGAGAUGCACAUCCCGGCGAGUUAUGGCCAUCCCUACAGCGAUUAUCAUGUGUUGAAUGGUUCGUAUAUGGUGCGCGCGCCCGAUCCGUUUUGCGUGGAUGUGAUCAUCGGCGGCGAACAUGUGAGCCCCGCGACCGGGCGGAUCGUCUCCCACACCCGUCGGUUGAAUCUCCGCACCGGGGAGCUCUACCGUCGGAUGGUGUGGGAAUCCCGCACGAGCCCGAAGGAGGUCACGAUCGAAUCCACCCGUUUCAUCUCCGCCGUGAAGAAUAUCGCGGCGACGCGGUUCGCCGUCUCCGCGCGCAACGCGAACCACACGGAGAUCCGCCUGAUCUCGCGCACGACGAUCCCGAACGACGGGAAAACGCGCGCGGCGUGUGGGGUCGAGCGGGUCUCCGUCGGCGCGACCAUCGCCGCGGCCUCCGCGAUGCUCCUCGUACGCACCCCACGCAGCUGCCGCCACCUCGCCGUGGCGACGACGGAGUCCUGCCGCUCCUUCGCACGGCCGCGGAAGCCCCUAGGGGGGGGGUCGCCCUCCCGCGCCGGCGGGACCUCCACGACCGCUUCAACCGGCCUCUCGCAUGGGGAGGGGAUGGGGAUGGGGAAGGGGGGGGUUUCCCCCACCCCCUAG